AUGAGUGGCACUGAUGAUACUCUACCUCCAUAUCAAGCCAAUGAUCCACUGGCAUAUGAGACAGUAGCAACCCCAAAAACAAAUUCGACCUUUUAUCAUAUCCAUCGUCCACUAAGCGACUAUCAAGUGUACUCCGAGAACCAGCAGCUCGCAUUUUAUGUUGAAGUUUACACGAGGAACAUCACGAAACCAGACCUCAUCAUAUACAAGGGCACCAGAACGCCUGGACGACAAAUCGCGCAAUGCAGAUAUGGGGAGAAGGCAAGCUCUAUUCAGUGUGACACCGGAUUUUUCAAGGCAUCACACAAGUCCAACCAGUCGCAUGGGAAGAUGUUUGUUGGGUGGUGGUCCAAAUCCACCCGUGAUGCCCCCAGUGACGUGCAAUAUCGCUUCGCGGCAAUGAUCGAACCGCCUCCAGGGGUGAAUGGGGUGCAAUCAUCCACAACGAAAAUACCGCACUCAUUUAAGUGGAUAAAAGCCUCAAGUCUUACAUUGUUGGACGAAGAGACGGGCAACGUCGUUGCUCUUGUUCAUGAGAAUGUGUCGAAUUCAACUGCUUGUGGUACACUGGAAAUGGUCGUUUCAUAUGGCGAUGAGUUCGAUCUCAUAGCUUUGAGCAGCUUCAUUGCAAUUUUUGAGAAGCAGAGGAGACAUAGAAGCUCUCAUAUGGAAGUCCCAGAAGCAAAGGCGUGUGGUAAACUUCGAGGGCUCAUAGAUGGUUGGAGAAAGGAUUGA